GGACGCAUAUCGCGGUGGCACAGUCGAGCUAGUGCUUCCUGUUUGGAGGUUGUUAUUCAAAGCAGAAUCGGUCAUGUUUCUGAGUGCUGUGAGCAGACUGGUGACACAGACAGCUCGUGUUCACCUGUAUGCAGACUGUACACCUGUGAUCAGGAGAUUAACACCCUCCGCUGUGUCUGUCAGGAGCCUGUCUGACCUGAAGGACGGGGCGCAGCAGCCCUUUGACACCUCCCUGCUCCAGGUCCUGGUCUGCCCGCUGUCUAAGAAGCCUCUGAGGUAUGAUGCUGACACCAACGAACUGAUCAACGAGGAUCUUGGCAUCGCCUAUCCCAUCAUUGACGGUAUUCCCAACAUGAUCCCCCAGGAAGCAAGAAUGGUACAUAAGGAGUCUGGCACCUCGACUGACCCGGCUCAGGACUAGAAACUCAAUCACAGCACCAUCAGCUGACCAGAGAAACACACACUGUUGUUUUAAAGGGAGGUUCCCUGGAUGAGGCAGUGUGUCUGUAAUACUGUGAUCUGAUCCAUUGUGCUACACUGAAGACCUAUCCUUAAUUCUGUUAACCUGCAGGCAUGUUCUCUCUGUCUAUGAUGGUGGGGCUGGUCCCCAUAGUGUCUCUCUGUGGUUUGUUCUACUCUGCUGCAGUGGAUGAAAACUUCCCUCAAGGCUGCACCAGCAGCAACAGUCUGUGUUUCUACAGCCUGCUGCUGCCGGUCACCAUCCCCGUCUACGUCUUCUUCCACCUCUGGAGCUGGAUGGGGAUCAAGCUCUUUAGACACAACUAGGCCCCUCUGACCGGCUGGGGUUCAGUCAUACUUCAGUCCACUCCUAUAGUCUGUUGAAGUAGCUUCUACUGUUGGACCCAGCUGUACUGCUGUAAUAAAUACACUUUGAUUGAGAUACCAAGGAUGUAAAUACAUUACUGGACAUGACUGAGCUACAAAGAACAGUCUGAUGUUUAACACUUCCUGUCACAAUGGGUCCAUGUUGGAGGUAGCCAUGUGGUUUUUGAAUGCACAUUACUGGUUCUGGUUGUGAGGCUGCAGGGAGGUUGACAGACGGAGAAGAUGCUGCGUGUUAAUGUGGCUGUUGUAUGAAUAAGGUCUCUGUUCUUCUGAAAAGUGAUUAAAGGGCUUCCCUAAAACUCAA